AGGCCGCUCUGACCAGUCUGACAGAGGAAGAAAGGUGGAGUGAUGGCCUAAAGCAGCUGCUCAGCCAGGAGGGCAGGGAGCGCUGCCUAUGCCUGUCAGAGAACGAAGCUCCAGUGAGUGUGGUGACGGGUUGGUCUGCGGUGGUUUCUGAGUAAGUUGUGGCUGGUUAUGGAGCGGUCCUGGAGCUCGGAUCGUGACGCGGCUCAGAGUAAUUGCACUGCCACUAAUACCUGCUGUUACUAACAGAAGGCAAUGGGGGAAGUUUCUUCACACCAUCCCUGUCAGGCUGGAUCUGCACUUCAGGCUCAAAACUGAGUCUGAGUUUUUUUUUUUUUUUGGGAAGUUCCUUUUUGAGUUCCUGACAGAGAAGACAUGGCCAACAACUCGUUUCGUGGCUCCAAAUACAGGGACCGGGGCGAAGCCAGCCGUGAGGCAGAGUUCAGCUGCUCUCUGCUGGAGCUCCGCUCUCUCAUGGAACUACGAGGAGUGGAGGCCAUCAGCAGGAUCCAGGAGUCUUACGGAGACGUUAAUGGACUCUGCCUCAAGCUGAGAACUUCACCUGUGGAAGGUCUGGAUGGGAAUUCGGAGGACAUCGACAGGAGGAAGGAAGAGUUUGGACAGAACCUCAUACCUCCUAAAAAGCCAAAAACCUUUUUACAGUUAGUGUGGGAAGCCCUGCAGGAUGUCACGCUCAUCAUCCUGGAGGUGGCAGCCAUCAUUUCACUAGGCCUUUCAUUUUACAGCCCACCAGAUGCCGAGAGACAGCAAUGUGGCAAAGCAGCGGGCGGAGUUGAGGAGGAGGGAGAGGCGGAGACGGGAUGGAUCGAAGGCGCGGCCAUCCUCCUCUCGGUGGUCUGUGUGGUGCUGGUGACAGCCUUCAACGACUGGAGCAAAGAGAAGCAGUUCCGCGGGCUUCAGAGCCGAAUCGAGCAGGAGCAGAAGUUCACCGUGGUCCGAGGGGGGCAAGUGAUCCAGAUCAAAGUGUCUGAGAUUGUCGUCGGGGACAUUGCACAAGUCAAGUACGGUGACCUCCUCCCCGCUGACGGCGUCUUGAUCCAAGGCAACGACCUGAAGAUUGACGAAAGCUCUCUGACCGGAGAGUCAGAUCACGUCAAAAAGAGUCUGGACAAAGACCCCAUGUUGCUGUCAGGGACUCAUGUCAUGGAGGGAUCUGGUAAGAUGGUGGUCACCGCCGUCGGCGUCAAUUCUCAGACUGGAAUCAUCUUUACGCUACUCGGCGCCGGCGAUGAAGGCGACAGUGAAGAGAAGAAGGAAAAAAAGAAGGAGGAGAAGAAAUCAAAAGAUAAAAAGGACAAAAAGAGUAAAAAAGACAAAGACAAGAAAGGGAAAACCAAGGAUGGAGCCACUGUGGAGAUGCAACCACUAAACGAGGAUGAAGAGAAAAAAAAGAAAAAUUUACCCAAGAAGGAGAAGUCUGUCCUCCAGGGGAAGCUCACCAAGCUUGCUGUCCAGAUCGGUCAAGCAGGUUUGCUCAUGUCUGCUCUGACUUUUCUUAUCCUCAUCACUCGCUUCCUGAUUGAUAACUUCUGGAUUCAGGGUGUCCCCUUUACCCCUGAGUGUGUGCCGGUCUACAUCCAGUUUCUGGUCAAGUUCUUCAUCAUUGGCGUGACUGUGCUGGUGGUGGCGGUGCCUGAAGGUCUCCCUCUGGCUGUCACCAUCUCCCUGGCUUAUUCUGUCAAGAAAAUGAUGAAGGACAAUAAUCUGGUUCGCCAUUUGGAUGCCUGUGAGACGAUGGGCAACGCCACAGCUAUCUGCUCCGAUAAGACCGGUACACUCACAAUGAAUCGCAUGAGGGUGGUGCAGAUCUACAUCGCUGGGCUGCACUUCAAAAAGGUGCCUGAUCCAGACCUGCUCCCAGCCAAGAUCCUAGAUCUGCUCAUCCUGAGCAUUGGAGUCAACAGCGCCUACACCACCAAGAUUAUGCCUCCAGAGAGGGAAGGUGGGCUGCCCCGCCAGGUUGGAAACAAGACCGAAUGUGCUCUGCUGGGACUCUGCCUCGACCUUCGACGAGACUACCAGAACAUUCGCAACGAGUUUCCUGAAGAGAAGCUCUUCAAAGUCUACACCUUCAACUCUGUAAGGAAGUCCAUGAGCACAGUUCUCAGGCACCACGAUGGCAGUUACCAGAUGUUCAGCAAAGGGGCUUCUGAGAUUCUGCUCAAGAAGUGCUGCAAAAUCUUGAUGGCUAGUGGCAAGCCUAAAGUCUUCAAACCUCACGAUCGAGAAGACCUGGUGAAAAAGGUGAUUGAGCCGAUGGCUUCAGAGGGGCUCAGAACCAUCUGCAUAGCCUACAGAGACUUCCCUGUAUCUGAAGGAGAGCCUGACUGGGACAAUGAGGCCGAAAUCCUCACUGGACUCACGUGCGUCGCAGUGGUCGGGAUUGAGGACCCCGUGAGACCUGAGGUGCCAGAAGCCAUCAGGAAAUGUCAGCGCGCAGGAAUCACUGUCCGCAUGGUGACAGGAGACAACAUCAACACUGCCCGGGCCAUUGCCACCAAGUGUGGCAUCUUGCAACCUGGAGAUGACUUUCUGUCCAUGGAGGGCAAAGAGUUCAAUCGCAGGAUUCGCAACGAGCAAGGCGAGAUUGAGCAGGAACGUUUAGACAAGAUUUGGCCCAAGCUGAGAGUUCUGGCUCGAUCUUCUCCGACAGACAAACACACGUUAGUCAAAGGUAUAAUCGACAGCACCGUGCUGGAGCAGAGGCAGGUUGUCGCGGUAACUGGAGACGGAACGAACGAUGGCCCCGCCCUCAAAAAGGCAGAUGUUGGCUUUGCCAUGGGCAUUGCAGGGACGGACGUGGCAAAGGAGGCGUCGGACAUCAUCCUGACAGACGACAACUUUACCAGCAUCGUCAAAGCUGUCAUGUGGGGCAGGAACGUGUACGACAGCAUCUCCAAGUUCCUGCAGUUCCAGCUCACGGUCAACGUAGUGGCUGUUACCGUGGCAUUCACUGGAGCCUGCAUUACUCAGGACUCUCCUCUCAAAGCUGUACAGAUGUUAUGGGUCAAUCUCAUCAUGGACACCUUCGCCUCACUGGCGCUCGCCACCGAACCGCCCACUGAAGCCCUGCUGCUCAGGAACCCAUACGGCCGCAAGAAGCCGCUCAUCUCACGCACAAUGAUGAAGAACAUUCUGGGUCACGCCGUCUACCAGCUGACCAUAAUCUUCACUCUGCUUUUUGUUGGUGAGAAGAUCUUUGACAUCGACUGUGGCAGAAACACCCCCCUCCACGCGCCCCCCUCCGAGCACUACACCAUUGUGUUCAACACGUUUGUCCUGAUGCAAAUCUUCAACGAAUUCAACGCUCGCAAGAUCCACGGGGAGAGGAACGUGUUCGACGGCGUCUUCAGGAACCCCAUCUUCUGCUCCAUCAUUCUGGGAACCAUCAUCGUGCAGGUGACUCCUGUUUGUUGCAAAAACCAUCAGUUUACCAGAAAAUAUGAAUUCCUUCCCAUGUUUUCUGUCCUGCAGUUUGUCAUUGUGCAGUUUGGAGGCAAACCGUUCAGCUGCUUUCCUUUGACCCUGGAGCAGUGGCUCUGGUGUGUGCUGCUGGGCCUCAGCAGUCUUCUGUGGGGACAGCUCGUCUCCAGCGUUCCCACGAGCUGGCUGAAGUUUCUGAAGACGGCGGGUCACGGGACGCAGCAGGAGGAGAUCCCUGAGGAGGAGCUGGAGGAGAUGAAGGACAUGGAUGAGAUUGAUCACGCAGAGAUGGAGCUGAGGAGGGGCCAGGUGCUCUGGGUCCGAAGCCUCAACCGCAUCCAGACACAGAUCCGGGUGGUCAACGCUUUCCGAGACAGCGUCUCUCCUUACGAAGGCUUGGAGACUCCUGAGUCUCGCAACUCCAUCCACAAUUUCCGCAACUACCCCGAGUUCAGCAUCGAGGACUUAGAGCCUCAGAUCCCCCUCAUCGAUGAGAACGAGGGUGAGGACGAGCCCCCCACCAAGCGAAACUCCAUCCCCCCGCCCCUGACCGGACUGUCCAACCUGUCGGCUCCGCCUCUGUCCUCGCCCACCGAGAACAAUGCCAUGGACCGCCCUGUCCCGCUGCACAGAGACGGCUCCAGGUCUGGUCUCAUCCCCCCCAACUCUGCGGGGCUGCCCCCCUGUCCGGGGAGCCCCCUGCACAGCCUGGAGACCUCCCUAUAAAACGUCCAUUUUUAACCUCAAGAGUUCCUCUGAAAUAUGAGGAAUAAAAAGACAUUUUACAGUUGAAGGGACUGACAGGAAGCAGGGAGGGUUCACUGAACCCACAUUGUUGUUCAGGAAGUCUAUCUGUUGAUGUUUAGCUGAGGAGUUUUUGUGAAGUGAUCCGAUUCUGGUUCUGAUGUGUAAAUAAUCUGUUGGCGUAGUCAGCUAAUUUAAACCCACAGUUUACGACAUCAGACGUGAGCUGAUGGGGAUGAGUUCAAGUUCAGUGUUCGGCGUUGUGAUUUAAGGAAUCCCUCACACAGAUGUUUAGUUUCUAUUUAUUAAAGCGGGGAGGGGGGUACCCCCAGACACAUCGCAGACCCCAGACCAGUGAAGAUGGUCGUUUCCUCCAUGUGGGAACUUCAUCAGGACGUCUCAGAGAAGUGCCGCCCACUCUCUCACCAUCCCACCAAACGACAACAACGUGGAAAAACAAACAUGGAGACUUUAUUUCUUCCCAGGUUGAGGUUUACAUUCCAAAUUGAUUCAUCUUUACGUGGUAAUCCCUGACAGGAACGAGCACGCUCACGGUCCGGAGUCCCUCCACCCGCUGAACGUGUCUGCUGUGUCCGGGGCUUGAACGUGUGUCUGGAGAGGGUUAACAGUCAAUCCUGACUUUAUGUUUUAGUGUUUUUUAUGUUUUAGCUUGUUAUUGUUGAAAAAUUGUGAAACAAAUGCUAUUAAAUGUCUAAAAAAGGA